UAUCGCUUGUCUAUUGUGUAUGUUUUCAAACUAGGAAUUUGGUUCUGGCAUGUUUUCAUUGUCAGACGGGUACCAAAAGUAUUAUAUCAGUGCAGCAUCUAGCUUUAAUCAAUCGUGUUGCAUCAGCGGCUAAAUGUGAUCGCGAUAUUAUAUUUUGUAAUGGAAACGGCGUUUUUUGUAGCAAAUACAUUCUCUGUACCUGACAGCUACAUAAAAACAACUACUGUAAGUGAUCGUGUACUUGUGGCGGUACACCAUUCAUGGCUACACUCUCUGAUAAGGACGCACCAACUUCCAGAAUUUAUUGUGCAUGAUGUUCUACUACCGGAAGAAGUUAAGAUUCUCUUGGAGCAAGGAGAAGAUCUUGGUCCGCACUGGAAGAAAAUAUAUGUUAGAAUUUUGCACAAACAAACACAAAAGGUGAUACCACUUCCUCGAGUAAGGGUAGAGAGCUCAAGUUCGGAAACUGCUUUAUCAUUUUCUCAGCUCUUACACUAUGUUGCACAGACAAAUUUCAAGAAUCUGUGGAAAGAUGCCUUCAAAAAGUAUUUUAAUGUAUGUGGAGCUGUAUCAAAUGAUGGUAAAAAUGCAUCUAGAAUCACACUUACAGACAGUGAUGCAGUCAUGCGUGAAGUGAUAUUACGAACAUUUGGUUGCCCAAUUUUUCGCCUUGAUGAAGGUUUUAUUGAUGUGUAUAAUGAAGAUGGAAAGAAAUCAUUUGAAGUUCACUGCAAUAUCUUGCCAGCACUAUGUGCCGUGGAGACACCACAAUGCUUUCUACUGAUCCAGGAACCGUACAUAAAGCACACACUACAAGACUGUGUUACAUUCAGUCCAGCAUUGCUUGGAACAUCUCACAUCAAGCCUCUUUUUAUAAUCUACCAACUAUUGCAAGCAAUGCGAUCAAUGCACGAUCGUGGCCUUGUGCUUGGAGAAAUUGCACUAAGUGAUAUCCUUAUAACUGAGAAUCUUUGGAUACAGGUAAUGCCACAACUGGAAGAUAACAUCAAUUAUGAUCCGUCUUCUAAUGUUGGAGAUGCAGAGAAUGAAAAUAUGUUCAGUCCAAAAAUUCAAAAUGUAGAACUGGUAGCAAAUGAUCUCAAAGAAGAUAUAUCAGCACAGAGCAAUAUUAGGCCUCAUGAGGAAGUGAGGACGCACCAAGAAUACUUCCAGAGAUACUCAAACCCUCAUAACAAGUUUAUUCCCAAGACUGAUACUGACCAUAAAAUGUUGGACCAUAAAAGCAAUAAACAAAAGCUUGAAAAAAUACCUUUAGAGAGCUAUUGUGAACAAUGGAUUAGAGGGCAGCUAUCUAAUUUUGAUUAUUUGACCAUCUUAAACAAUUUAGCUGGUAGACGCCAUGGGGACCCUGUCUGUCACCAUGUUAUGCCAUGGGUAACAGAUUUCACCUCUCGGACAGGUUCCAACUGGCGUGAUCUGACACGUUCCAAAUAUAGGCUGAAUAAGGGAGACAGGCAGCUGGAUCUGACGUAUGACACAGCCACUGGGACAGCACAGGUGCCACACCAUGUUUCAGAAGUUCUCUCUGAAAUAACAUACUACGUGUACAUGGCACGGAGAAUACCAAAAUCCAUUCUCUGUAAAUAUGUCCGCCCAAAAUGGGUCCCAGCAGAAUACCCUUCAUCCAUUCAGAGGAUGCAAGAAUGGACUCCUGAUGAAUGUAUUCCUGAAUUCUUUUCUGAUCCUACUGUUUUUGAGUCCAUCCAUGAGGAUCUUCCUAACCUGGAAAUUCCGUCUUGGGCAACUUCUGUUGAGGAUUUUAUUGAAAGACAUCGUGAUACACUGGAGAGUAAUCAUGUCUCUGAAAGGCUACAUCACUGGAUAGAUCUAACCUUUGGUUACAAGUUAUCAGGAAGUGCUGCAGUGAAGUCGAAGAAUGUGUGUCUUCACCUUGUUGACAGCCAUAUGACCCUUUCACAAACAGGUGUAGUGCAGUUGUUUACACAGCCACAUCCAUCACGGAUUUGUGCGUCUCCAUACUGGGGAAAGACUCCACCCAGAUUACAGCCAUCACAGAGGGAUAAAAGGAACAAGAAUGUUGACCGUGCGAGUGAAGAUGAAGGCCACAGUUCAGGAUUCGAAGAAGAUGAACAGUCUUUGUCUCAGGGUGGAUCAAAAUCAUCACCACUUGCACUUAAUAAACUUUUGAGUCGAUCUAGAGGUUCACUGUUGGGCUCUUUUCCAACAUCUUCACCUGAUGAAACCUGCCCUCAGCAAAAGCCAGGAGCUGGAAAUGGUGCUGCCUCCAUUAUGCUUCCAAAGGACUACAACCCAGUAGCUGCUAUUCAAAGUGUUGAAUCGAUGUACAACUUCCUUAACAAGACUCUGCACAACAGCCCUAAAUCUCUGAAAGAAGAAUCUCCUUGUAUUGGCAGUGGCAUUGGCUACAAACAGAUUGUAGCUUCAAGAAGACUACAUGAAAUGGAGGUUCUGGGCUGCAUUGUGGUUGAAAUGCUGCUUGCGCAACAACUAAGACCUACCAGCAGCAGUGAACCAGUUUGUCCCAUGUUCAGACUUGAAAUAUGUCGUGCAGCUUUGUCACGAGCUGCUGACAUGGUACCACGCAAUGUGAGGCAUGCAAUAUCAUUAUUGCUCAUGGAAGAUACCAUGAGAGACUCCUGUGGGCGGCGGCCUGCAGUAACAUCUCGUGGCCUUCCGCCUCCAUCUGCUCACCAGCUGCUGCAGCCACUGUUAGCCCACUGUGCCUUCCCAUUUCCAGCACACUUCUUGACUCUCACAAAACUUCUCUGCCGUCACCACGAUUUCUGCAGCCUUGUUAGGGAAAUGUCAUUUUUGAACCUGCAGGAGACUGUUGAGCCUGACAUUGCUGAGAAGAUAAUGAACUUUAUUACUGAAAUAAACAAACUGAAAGUCAAGGUAAUGAAACAAGAACUGACAGUUCUACUUCCUGAAAUCUCAUCUGUUUCACAAGAAAGUCUUGAAUUAAUUCUUCCAUACAUCAAGGAACUUAUGGAAGACCCAGAAACAUCAGUGCUGGCAGCUUGGAACCUUUUUGAUCUUGUUGCAAAACAUCUUGGGCCUAAGCAUACUGCUAAGUUUCUGAUGCCAUCGAUUCUUAAACUGUAUGAGAAUGGCACAGAAGAUGACAGUGAGCAGAGCAGCAAACAUGUUAAACUAUACCAUCACAUUUUUCUGCUGCAGCUAAUUGUUCGUCUAGGACUCAAAACAUUCCUUGAGAAUUUUGUGAGUCCUUUGGUGGAAGCCGUUGGAGGCUACAGAGAUUACUACAGCCGUGAUGGAGCCUCCUUUCAGCAGGGUUCAGAUCUUAGAAAUGCAACAUCUUCUCUUAAAGGCUGUGAUUUUGACGACAGUACUGUAGUGGGUGUGCUUUCUCCAUUGGAUGAAGACUCUUCAGGUGACUCUGAAAAAUCUAAGCCAUCAAGUGGUGACAAUGUUGAGCAGACAGGAGAAACAGAGAAAGAUGUGCAAAAUGGUGCUGAACCAGAGGUCUUUGUGUUUGAAACAGGUGAAAAAUCAUCACCUGAUGACCCAGAAACUCCUUUGUACCAUCUCAUGGAGCAUCUUGACUUGGAGUUGCCUGACCCUGCAGCUAUUGAUGAUGACGGCUCCCUAGAAAUAAAUUUUCAAGAAGAUGAGACUGUUCAUGAAGCAGCUGAAGAAGAUGCCAUUGAGGUUUCAGAAGAUUUCUCUGAUCCAGAAUUCCAUGCAGCGGACGGUAGCACUGUUCAUUUUAAUACUCCAGCUGCAUUUUUAGAGUCUAAAGACAUUGAUGUUUCUGAAAUGGAACCUGCAGCUGAAGAAACUCCAAACAAGACAAAUGAAAUUCAGCCUCUUCGGAAGAAAUCUAAUGCUCAAUUUAAGGUAUCAGACAUGAGUGCAGAAUCUGUCAUAUGGCUCUCUCACCGGCUAGGCCCGGUACUGACAGCACGUCAUCUCUCACGAAAUUUACUACGGAUGCUGGCACUGUGCUAUACAGGGUACUCCAACAUGGCUCGUGCAGCUCCACCCACAGCUGAAAUGGGUGCUCUCAGCAUUGCUGAGGGACAUGUUCAGGGUGAUCAUAGUGCCUGCAAAGUCUUGGACUGCUUAACAUCUAUAGCUGCUUUGUAUGGGGAACAGAUGAUUGUUCUUCAGUAUCUUCCACAUAUGAGUGAGUUAAUAGCACUUUGCAAAAGGAAACUUACUCCAAAUUUAGAAGGUGGUGUAGUUGGGAGCCUGGCACUACUCAGACAUAUUGUUCCAUUCCUGUCUGAUGCUGUUUUAAUGGACCAGCUACAGGAUGUUAUUUUGAAAUCUGUGCUAAACCCUGUUGUCAGACUUUUAUCAACAACACGCACAGUAUUUCCAUCUGGUGCAGCAGCACGUUCAGCUGUUGCUCGGAAAUUUGCUGAUGCCAUUUAUGUUGUUGCAUUGAGGAUCGGUCAAGAGAUGUCUCGACGCCAUCUAGCAGUACCUCUACUGCAGAGAUUUUUUCUUGCCUUCGACAAAGCCUUCAUGCGCUGUGCACUCGAUGAUUCAUUACAGGGUGCCCAGUCUGUGAAUUCAUCUACAAAAGAAGCUGCUACAAGGUCUGACAAUGACAGUGAGGGCCCUGACAUAUCUAUUGGAGCUGAAAUGCGUGGGAAUCUGCUCAACAGAGUGAAGGAGAAUGAUUUUACAGAUUCAUACUCUCCCCCUCCAGCUAUUUCUUCAGAUGGAGAGCAGUUGCUGGAGCAAACCAGACACCAGGCGAUGGAAGAGUUAAAAAAAGUAUUUGUGCCAGAGUUAGCACAUAGAACAUAUCUCCCAUUGCUAAGAUUCCUUGGUGAAUCAGUUAUGGCACAGUCUCUGAAGAACGAGGAAUUUAUUAGAAGUCUGUGUUCUCAGGCUGAACAGGAGAGUCAGCAACAGGCAUCCCCUGUGGGAAUUGUGGAAGACACAAGAUGCUCAUCUGACCGGUUGUCUCCAAGUGGGACACAGGUGGCAGAGAGGACAUCAACUGGUAGCUUUGGGAGUAAUGUUGAAGUUGUUGGCAAUAGAAUUGAUUUACAGAGUGCAGAUAUCCCUUCUGUUCUACCAACAGAAAGUGCGGGUAUUGCUUUUCAAGAAAGUGCAGGUGACUUGAUGAAUCUCAUAAGCAAAAAAAUGGAGAAUACAAACAGGCAUUUACAUGGAAACUGGUUGGCAUACUGGGAACAUGAGAUUGGGCGACCUGAUAAAGAAACAAAUUUUAAUUUCAAGCAGAUAAAACUUCAGAGAUUCUCAGGCCAUACAAGUAACAUCCGCACCAUACAAGUGUUAGACAAUGAAAAUAGUUUCCUUAGUGGAAGUCGUGACAAGACUGUGAAACUGUGGUCCCUAAGAAGCCAGGGUGAUGGAACUGCUGUUUCCCCGUGUCGAUGGACUUAUACUGGUCACCGUAAGUGUGUACUGGCAGUGGCACUUAUAGAGUCACUACGGCUUGCUGCCUCGUGUGACUCAAUCAUCCAUAUAUGGGACCCAUUUAUGGGAAGUGUAAUUGCUCAUAUGAACUCACCACGCUACCCACCUGUCAAUGUCCUUCAGGCUUUGCCACCACCAAGCCGUGUCCUGCUUGCGGCCACUACAGACACUACACUGCGGCUUGUUGAUGCACGAACCUGUUCUUUUGUCAAUGAACUGAAGGUGUCACAGAGUGCAACAGGACUAAUAAGAUGCAUUGCUGUUGGGCCUGAAGGCACAUGGGUGGCUGUUGGACAGUCAUCAGGAUUCCUGUCUAUGCUGGACAUCCGCACAGGUGGCCUACUGGCCUCUUGGAAAGGUCAUGACUCAGAGAUACUGCAACUUAUAUCAGCAAAUGGUGGCAACUCCAUUGUUAGCUCUUCUCUGGACCAGGCAGUUUCUGUUUGGAGUGCUCUUGAUGGCAGGUUCUGCUUUCCUAUGAAAGGGCCUACAGAACCUGUUCACUGUCUUAUGAGCUAUGGAUCGGAACUGAUAUCAGGGACCACAGCUAGCCGAAUAGGAGUCCAUUCUGCUGUUGAUAUGGAUGCCUCAUACACGUCAACUCGCCUGCGAUCCGAUACCUUCAAAGGUGUUCUUACGUCCAUGGCUGUCCUUCCUCUCAACAGGCUGCUGCUCCUUGGCGCUGACUCAGGGAACAUAACACUGCUCUGUUGAACUGUAUGUCAGCAAUAUGGAAACGAAAAACAUUUCUUUGGAUCUCAUUUACAGAAACUUCAAUUAAUAAUAUGAUUGUAAACAUUCCAUUGCAUAUCGAAGCACACACAAAAUAAUAAUUAUUAUUAUUAUUAUUUGUCCAAAUACAAGCUUAGGAUGAGAA